GUGUGUGCAGGUCUUCAUGGCCGGAUUAUGAGAACGGCGCAAUGACAUCGGAAAUGACAAGAGACUGGCUCAGAUAUGUUUGCAAGGAGAAUGGCGGGUACAGCGUCCCUCACCUUAACGAUACUCUUUACCUGCACUUCAAAGGGUUUGACCGAAUAAAGAAUUUAGACGAAUACACGGCGGUUAGAUCCAUUUUUCUGGAAGGAAAUGCGCUUGAAAGUCUCGAUGGCCUUGAACAUUGUAGAAAUCUGAGGUGUCUGUAUGUGCAGCAGAACAUGAUCGCUACGUUGUCGUCCACUUUGCCAACCUCCAUUACUGUUCUAAACUUAUCCUACAACGAUAUCAGCGACCUUGAAAACAUAGGAAGGCUUGUCAACCUACAAACGUUUGUGGCCACUCACUGCAAGAUCAGAAUAGUAAAGAAUAUACUUGGUUUAUUGAGCUGCCCGUAUCUUGCUUCCUUGGAUGUGCAAGAUAACAAGAUAGAAGGAGACUCGGACGAGCUGAUUCGCAUGCUUGUGUUGAUGCCAUCUCUUGCCUGCUUGUACCUGCAGGGAAAUCCAAUCGUCGGCUCGCUGCGCCACUAUCGAAAGCGGGUCAUCUCUCAGGUCGCGACGCUCACCUACCUCGACGACAGGCCGAUUUCUGCCCUCGAGCGAACUUGCGCGGAAGCGUGGGCCAGUGGUGGCGUUCGCUCAGAGCACGACGCGAGGAAUUCUUACAAGGCCGCUGAGGAGGUCAAGAUGAGAAGGAAUCAAGAGUUUUUGGGAAAUUUGAGAAAGGAAGCAAAUAUGAAACGCAUGGAGUUGGCGCUUCGGGGCAGGGUGGCACUGCGACGUGCUGCGAUCGAUUAUGCGGGUUCUAGUUUUUCGCUGACAAUAAAAACUGAGCCACGAGAGUUGGCGAAUGCUCGUUUUACGCUUUCACAGCUCUGCUUGGCCAGCUAAGCGACAAGAGGCGGCUUGUCUUCGUCAGGAUUCGGCAAAGACGAACUCGUGCGCUCUUUCGACGUGUCACUUCAAUACCCUUUCGAUGAUGUAUGCGCUAUCGCAAAGCAGUUAGUUCACCGCCUUUUCUUGCAGAAUGUGUGCCUAAAACUGCAGAUGUUCUGUAUCUGGUGAGUUUACAUGUGUAAAUCUCGUCAGAAACAGACCAUUGGUACGUAUGUAUGAUACGUACGACAUAUUUGUAAAAACCUUCGAUAUCUAGAGUAACCACCGUAGAGUAACCACCGUCUCUUUAAAAAAUUAAAAGACGAACUCACGUC